GCACUGACUCUCAUUCCUUCAUUCUUAUAUCUAAUCUCAAGCUGACCAGUCGCUCGUUUAUUGUAUUCCUUACAAUUGUUGAUGCUCCCCAAAGCAUGACCUCCGGUUCGGUCAACUGCUAGCUGCCCGCCUCUCGUGUGUCAGCCUCGGUACCGCAAUGCAGCAGAGCUGCGCUCGACCAUCCAUAGGUUGAAACAACGAAGAUGAGCUAUUCAUACUCGCACAACGCCAUUUCCGACUCUUAUCGUCCUGCUCGACCAGGAUCUCCCGCGUGGUCCUCGGGUUCGUCGGAGCGGGAUCAAUCACCGCCGCCAUGGCCGAAACGGUGGGCUUCGGAUCUACGCGAGGCGACAAGUACUAAGCAUGGGAUAUUGUCGUUAUUCAAGCAGGUCGCUAGAUAUGUCUUCACCAUCUCGAACGCUUUGGUUGCUCUAUGGAUCUGUACAUUAUGGUGGGGCGAACGAACUGUCUUUCAGGACAGCGUGAAAGCAUGCAACUGGGGUAAUUGGGAGAGAUGGCCCCAAGAUGCAAUUCCACAUCAUGUCGCCUUCAUUGCCGAUCCACAACUAGUCGAUCCUCAUACCUAUCCCGGCCGGCCAUGGCCUCUUUCGACGUUGACCGUCAAAUUCACCGAUCAAUACCUUCGGAGAUCCUUCUCGUCCAUUCAGAACGAAUUAGGUCCAGAUUCCGUGUUGUUUCUGGGUGACCUUUUUGACGGGGGCAGGGAAUGGGCUACGGCAUCCAGUUCCAGCCCGGAGAAACGCUACAAGAAAUACAAGGACCGAUUUUGGAAGAAAGAGUUCCAUCGGUUCGUGAAAAUAUUCGUGGAUACAUGGAAAGACGGUGAUGAUCACAUACGUCAUCCGCUUGGACGGAGGCUGAUCACUAGCUUGCCUGGAAAUCACGAUCUGGGUUUUGGCUCGGGUGUCCAGAUCCCGGUGCGCGAUAGGUUUCAAAGCUUCUUUGGCAAAAGCAAUCGCGUUGAUGUCAUUGGGAAUCAUACUUUUAUCUCUGUUGACACCGUGUCGCUGAGCGCCAUGGACCAGCCGGACCCGGAGACAGGCAGCUCGGGCACGGGCUCGGGCGAUGGAGAACAGCCAAACGAACACAUUUGGAGAGAUACCCAGGAUUUCCUCGAUCGCAUGAACGUACAUCGGGGUAGGGCGGAAGUUGAGGCAUUGCGCAUGCUCGCCAAUAAGACUGAGGGCCGUCAGUUUCAGCAUCGGGCUGUUGAUAUCUUGGAACCGUCCGUCGACCCGCAGCUCAAACCGGAGGUUGCGGGGUUUCCCACGAUCCUUCUUUCUCACGUACCUUUAUAUCGCCGACCGGCCACGCCGUGCGGACCCUAUCGCGAACAUUAUCCGCCCAGUGGCGAGGGUUUGGAGGAGGAUGACCGGAACGCUAUUCCAAUGGGUCGGGGUUAUCAAUAUCAAAAUGUUUUGACCCCGGCCAUCUCUCGGGAUAUCGUCUCAAAGGUCGGGCCUAAUUUGGUCCAGAUGUAUUCCGGGGAUGACCACGAUUACUGCGAGAUCUCUCACCACGAGUUUAGCGGGUCUCCCAAGGAGAUUACGGUGAAGAGCCUUUCAUGGGCCAUGGGAAUUCGGCAACCGGGCUUUGUACUCACCAGCUUGUGGAAUCCUCUUGAUCUGGCCACUGGUGAACCGGAUGGGACCUUUAAUGCCGGUCGCACAGUUCAGAACCACCUGUGUCUGCUCCCGGACCAAUUAUCCGUCUUCAUCUAUUACGGGAUAAUUCUUGGUUUCACCCUGUGCGUCCUCCUUGUGCGCGCUGCGAUCGUUGUAAAAUAUCUCCCAUCCGGGACGAGUCCCGACGAGCCCAUUCUACCCUUGUCAGAACAUCGCCCCCCGCCCCCGCAGCGCGCGGCCCGCUACAAGACCCCAUCUUCUGGUACGUCUAGCUCCACGUUCCCGUCGCCUCGCGGGCUGGCCAGCCGUGCGGUGAACGCACCUCCCAUACACGCUGCUUACGCGGGCUCAGAUGAGGACAAAGUGGGCAGCGCCAAGUGGAAGCCAUCGCGUGGCGGGCCACGACGGCCGGGGGCUAGCGCUUCCCAGGUGACCCUGGUGAAGGAGGAAUUCCUUACAUCGGUCAUGGGAGUGGCCAGAAUUGCGUUAUGUUGGUAUUUCUUCCUUGUCUGGCGAUGGUAAGCGACUGUGGUUUUUUCGGUUUCGCUGCUUGGGUAAAUAUUGUCUGUACAUAGAUCUCUGGCCCUUCCAUAUUGUAACUUUGGGCAGGCGUGCAUGGUUGAAUGGCGUCUUCUGGUGGUGGGGAACAAAAAACAACUAUAUCAUAGGUACUAGGUAUAUGUAUAAUGGUACUGGGGUGG